AUGGAAACCGGAGCUGAAGUUGAUGUUGGUCGGCCGGUGGAUGACGAUUCGCCGGCGGAAAAUAGCUCGGAACAAGACCACGUCGGAAGAUCGGAGCCGUCUUCGUUGAACCAAGGGGAGAUUUUGAGAACCCUUGCUACGGUCGAGAAGGAUUCGCAGGCAAUCGCAGAGAGCUGCUCUUCUCUCUUUGUUUCCCUCCGAUCGCGUCAUUUAACUAAGUGA